AUGCACAUGAGGGGGAUCCACGAAGGGAAGGAGGGGCAAGUACCCCGCCUGCAGGUGACGCUGUUCGUCCAAAGGCUGGAGUAUUGGCACAAAGUGCUGAAAAACACCCUGGUGACGUCUAUCAACGUCGUGCCGGUUCAUGGCCGUGCAGUGGCGUACCUGGGCACCGCCGAUGGACGCCACAUCCAGGUGCAGUUCUCCAGAUACGCCUCUCCUCAUGUCAACAUCCGUCUGGACUCGAGGCCCGUCUCGUCCAGCGUGGCGCUGAUGGACGCUGACGGCUCGGGAGGAGCUCUGCUAGUGGCCACAGGGAACAAGAUCACUAAAGUCCCUCUGAGCGGGCCGGGCUGCGCUCAGAUGACCUCCUGUACGGCGUGCUUGGUGUCGUCGCGGGUUACCGGGUGCGGCUGGUGUGAUGGACGCUGCACCCGAGCCGAGCAGUGUCCCUCCUCCUCCUCCUCUUCCUCCGCCUGGACCCAGGACUACUGCACGCCCGUCCUCACCAAGGUUUUUCCGACCUCGGGACCAAUUCGAGGCUCCACCGUGGUGACGUUGUGCGGGCAGAACUUUGGCUUCGUCAAGACGGAUCUCAGCUUCAAGUCGGCGGUGGUGAGCGUGGAGGUGGCAGGAGCGCCCUGCAAACUGUCCAGACAAGACAACCUCAACAGGUGGACUGAGAUGCAGUGUUCCCCGGUGAUCAGUGGGAACUUCACCCCGUCAGGAACCACGGUUAAGGUCACCAGUGGACACAAAGUCACCGCCAUCGAGGGCUUCACCUUUGUGGAUCCUGUGAUCCAUGAAAUCUUCCCCACGUUCGGGCCCAAGUCUGGAAACACCAUGCUGACCAUCAGAGGAGCCUUCCUGGACACGGGCAACAAGAGAGAGGUGAUGAUCGGGAGAGCCGUCUGCAAGAUCCAGAGCCUGUCCUCCACCAUGCUGACCUGUAAGACGCCUCCUCACGCCGUCAACUCCAAGCAGCCUGUGAAGCUGACGGUGGAUUCUGUGGAGCGCCUGGCGCCUUUGCCGUUCUCCUACAACCCAGACCCGAUCAUCAGCAGCAUCCAGCCCUCACGCUCCUUCGUCAGCGGAGGCUGCACGGUGUCGGCUCACGGCCUCUUCCUCCAGUCCGGCCUCCAGCCCCAGAUGGUCCUCACCACCGGUCAGGACGCCGAGGUCUUCCACGUGAGCUGUGUGUACGGAGAGAACCGGACCUCCAUCCAGUGCACCACGCCCUCUCUGGUCAAACUGGCUCUGCAGCCUCCCGUGGUCACCAAGGUGUCCUUUGUGCUCGACGGCUACUCUACAGGACAGUGGGACCUGAUCUACGUGGAGGACCCGCUCUUCCAGGACCCCAAACUCACCUCCAAGGACAACAAGAGCAUCGUGGAGCUCAAGGGUGACCGGAUGGACAGGGAGGCGAUGAAGUGUCAGGUUUUGACUGUUUCCAACCACAGCUGUGAGAGUCUGAUUCUGGUGGGAAACACUCUGGAGUGCACCGUCCCCAACGAGCUGCAGGCCGCCACCGCCAAGGAGCUGCAGGUGGAGUGGCGCCAGGCGGACUCCAUCAGGCACCUGGGCGUGGUGACGCUGGCUCAGGAGCAGGACUUCACGGGUCUGAUCGUGGGCUGCGUGUGCGUCAGCCUGCUGCUGCUGCUGCUGGGAACGCUGCUCAUGUGGAGGAGGAACAAACACAUCGACGAUCUGUCUGAGGUGUGGUAUGAUGGCCGGGGUCACAUCCAGCAUCUGGACAGGCUGGCUAACGCGAGGAGCGUCAGCCCCACUAACGAAAUGGUCUCGCACGAGUCUGUGGACUAUAGAACCACCCUGCUGGAGGAUCAGGGCACCGACCGGCCCGAGACGUGCCGGGGGGCUCCUCCCAUCUACGGGGGCAACGGGGAGCUGCUGUCCCCCAGACUCGGGGUCCUGGCAGGCGGUCUGGGGAUGGAGGGCGAGCUGAUGUCCCCCUUACUGAUGGCUCCGGUCCACAUCGACCCGUCCUGCCUCCACCCGGACCUGCUGAACGAGGUGCAGCACGUGGUGAUCGCCAGGGAGAAGCUGCUGCUGCACCUCAACCAGGUCAUCGGCAGAGGUCACUUCGGGUGUGUUUUCCAUGGAACUCUGCUUGAACCAGAAGGGCAGAACCAGCACUGUGCCGUCAAGUCCCUGAACCGCAUCACAGAUCUGGAGGAGGUGUCCCAGUUCCUGAAGGAGGGGAUCAUCAUGAAGGACUUCAGCCACCCGAACGUGCUCUCUCUGCUGGGGAUCUGCCUGCCCCAGGAGGGCUCCCCGCUGGUGGUGCUGCCCUACAUGAAGCACGGAGACCUGCGCAACUUCAUCCGCGACGAAGGACAUAACCCGACGGUGAAGGACCUGAUGGGCUUCGGGCUGCAGGUGGCCAGAGGGAUGGAGUAUCUGGCCAGCAAGAAGUUUGUGCACAGAGACCUCGCUGCCAGAAACUGCAUGCUGGAUGAGAGUUAUACGGUGAAGGUGGCAGACUUCGGCCUGGCCAGAGACGUUUAUGAUAAAGAAUAUUACAGCGUCCACAACAAGAGCGGCGUCAAGCUGCCUGUGAAGUGGAUGGCUCUGGAGAGUCUGCAGACACACAAGUUCACCACCAAGUCAGACGUGUGGUCGUUCGGCGUGCUGCUGUGGGAGUUAAUGACCCGCGGGGCUCCACCGUAUUCAGAUGUGAACUCCUUCGACAUCACCGUGUUCCUCCUGCAGGGGAGGAGGCUGCUGCAGCCCGAGUUCUGCCCCGACGCCCUCUACACGGUGAUGAUCGAGUGUUGGCAUCCGAAGCCGGAGCGGCGGCCCUCCUUCUCCGAGCUGGUGUCGCGCAUCUCCGCCAUCUUCGCCAGUUUCAGCGGCGAGCACUACGUCCUGCUCAACACCACCUACGUCAACAUCGAGAAGAUGAGCCCCUACCCCUCGCUGCUCGCCUCCUCCUCCAACAUCACCUCCACCACCACCUCCACCACCACCAUGGGCGACUCCUUCCCCUCCUCCUCCUCCGACCCCACCACCUCCACGUCCCUGCCCACGCAGUCGCCGCUCUUCUGCCACGUGGUGUGAAACGGCAGGAAAAGACUCUGAGAGAGAGAGAGAGAGAGGAAGCAGUGAGGUGAUGAAGAACUACUGUAUGUACUUGCCAAACACUGGACGCUGUAUGCUGAGGAAAAACAGUUUCUGGAGCUUUGACUGUUCACUCAAUGUACAUAGAUCGUCGACCUUUGACCCCCGGUCCUCCCUGAACUGUAGGGACGACCUAAUCGAGAUUUUCUGACCUUUCAUCGACCCGGGGAGCACCAGGUCAGCCGUCAGGAGCUCCUCCUCGAAUAUUCCCAGCAGAUAACGCCACAGAAGCACAAAACAAUCAAUCAAACACCCAAAAAAAAACAAAAACCCACCUCUCACUGCCUGCUGUACCCACGCAGGGACAGGAUGGAUUUCCCCGCUCCGCUCUGGGUGGCGUGUGCUUCGAUACGCGGAUGUGGCUCGGACCUUUUUUCGCCGUCUGUAAUGUGAAUGUUUGACAAAUGGCCAUGUAUUGUGUCGUACAGAAAAAGUCGCCUGCACUCGAGAGGAAACGAUGAUAGAUUGUUGGCGCCCCGAGGCGCCGCGGAGGCCGAUGAUCCGCAGGUGGCAGGGGGAGGAAGAGCAGCGUAGGUGUAAAAUAAGAAACCCUGCUGCCUGUGUGCAGUUCACUGGAUGCUUUAUUUGUAUACAGUUGCAAGAAAAAGUAUGUGAACCCUUUGAAAUUACCGUUUCUGCAUUAAUUUGUCAUAAAACGUGAUCUUAUUUGCAUCUAAGUCCCAAGUAUAGACAAACACAAUGUGCUUAACCCUCUAUAGCAGCGGUUCCCAAACUUUUUUAGCCGUGCACGCCCUUCUAUGUCCAAACCGGGAUGACGCACCCCCAAUCACCUUCAAAAAAAACAAAACGCAAUAAGCUUUUUCAUAGCCAUAUUAAAGGCGGCAUGUUUAAUCAUGCUCAAAUGACCAGAACACACAUAUAAUAAAAUAAUCAUGAUCACAACAAUUGAAUUCAUCUGUAACACAGUUUCAAUAUGCAACAAAGUUAUGCACAAACUUCCACUUUUAAGAGCAAAGAGGAUGAUGACAGGCUCAGGAUCAGAGGCAGAGAGCAGAUAAUUUGGGGAAAACGUUAGAAUAUUUUGAGCUGCAUUGAACAAAAAUUGCAGCAAGUUUAAAUGAGCGUGGAGCUAAACAACCCGUCAUCAUAACACAGGUUGGGAAAAUGGAAGAAGAUAACUUCUUCUACGCUUAAUUUUAAGAUAAAGUGCAUUUUGAAUAGCCUGUAUUUAUUUAUCAAUUAAUAUUUUAAUAUUUUUAUUUUACAUUUUACAAAGGAAAUGUUUAUUUAUACUUCUUUAUUGUGUGUGGGGGAAAAAAAAUUUAAUUGUGUAAUUAUCAGACCGCCAUUACAUUUUUCAUCUCGCCCACCCCUGGGGGUCCACGCACCACACUUUGGGAAUCCCUGCUCUAUAAUAACGAGAUAAUAUCACAUGCGUGUCCAGACGUGUGCAUCACUUUUAAGUGUCCUCUGGAAACACUUCUGUUGUUCUGUGUUGUGGUCGUUGCAACGUUUUCUAAAUGCUGCGCUUGUGUUGUCAAAUUGAUGAUGUUUUCUCAAUUUGCUUGUGUUUUGUGUAUUUGCAUUUGUUUUCUCAAGUUGCAGCGCUGUGAGAUCACAUUUUAUGACAAAUUAAUGCAGAAAACUAGGUAAUUUCAGAGGGUUCACAUACUUUUUCUUGCAACUGUAAUUACAUUUGGACAAUUAGCUUUUAAUGUGCUUGGAGAAAAAAAAAAAACCUUGCAGCCUCGCCGUGACUCACCUGCGUGAAAUCCUGAGGUGUUUCCGAGCGAAGCACCUUUUUGUUUUCCUUUCUUUUUUCUUCGUGUCAAAACAGUUCAGCCCUGACGACGUGCACAUGCCUGCAGAGCUUUGAGGUUUUCUUAGAAAGAAGAAGCAGAACAAAUGAGAGCCGUGUCCCGGGCUUACUGACUGUCUGAUCUGUCUCUAAUUCUUACAUUUUGUAAACAGAGAACGUGCUGCGCUUGAUAAAAAUGAUACCUUGACAAAGAACUUUUUCACUCAUGUAUGGUUCCUUUAUCUACAGAGCCUGAAAAUUUCAUCUUCAACAGGUUAUUAAGUAAUAACUUUUGUUCAAAAUGUCAACAAAGAGCUCGUUGCCCCAUAAAGAGUUCACUGAGAUCUCCAGUAAGACUUUUACAGGAUUCAUCUGGCUGCAAGCCUGUUAUGAAAAUCACUGUAACUUCAUGACGACGUGCAUUAAACCACUAUGAAGAAUUAUUUUAAUGUUAAAAGGCCGUACCAGUGUGAUUGCAAGUUUUAGCUUCAAAAGCACAACAAAUUUACAAGUAUUGACCCUUUUUAAAAACAUGAUUAACAGGUUUUAUUCCAAUGGCUUCCAUUCAUUUCUGUACAAAAUCAGAUUCUUGAGUUGUGUAAUUCAUCACAGAAAACAUGAGUUUAUGUUAAGUUUUGUCAGGUAAUAAUGAUUUGGUUAUUAUCAAGAAAACCAUGGAAAAUGUCUAGAUAUCAGCUCUUAAAUUAAACUCUUAUGAGCUAUUUUUCUUGCUAUAAUUAUAUUUGUCCAAACAAAUGUACAUUUAGUUGUACCAGGCAUUACAAAUUGAAGAAAACAAGGGUGGUCUAAUAGUUUUUUCCAUGACUGUAUGAGUUUUACAGCAGAACUUAUUACUUUAAAACUUUUUUUUUUUUGUCAAAAUGAAGCGUCUACAUUACCCACAAUGCAACUUGACUGUCAACAGUUCAAACAGACAUGUAGGUAUGUUCUUCUAGCCUUGAGCUGCUAAUAACAGCCUCCUCCAAUGAUAUUACUCAAGGAAAAUGUAUUAUUCUAGCACCAUUUUUCCACCCGAGAGGACAAGUGCUUGCAAGUAAAUGUUGCUAUGUGUUAGAAAGCUAAAGCACAAAAUGCUGCACAGCUUCCACAGCAUCCAUCUUAACAAAAGUUGCAUGCUGUCACAUUUUCUUAGCUUAACUAACAGAAAUAAAGUUACCCUAAAACUGACAUUAGGAUAUUUGACUAGCAUGUUGCACAACCUGUUUUUUUACUAUGAUGGAUUACGCGACUCAAGCAAGUUUUAAGAGUUUUUAUAUCGUGCUGAAAAGAAUGGAACCUUAUUGCUACUUUGAGUAAUAGUUUUUUUAAUUAAUGCAUAAACCUGGUUUGCAGAGUCGUCAGCUGUGAUGCAAAGUAAACAGAAUUUGUUGCAAAAUGUGCUAAAACUUGCAAACCAGUGCUGAGGUCAAAGCCCCUGUUUAUGUUGUGUUUGUUUCUUUUAAUGUUAUCUGAAUGGCUGCUGAUGUGACUGGGCCAUUGAUGGACAGGUAUGAAUGUUUGCUAUGACAAGAAAAAAUUGCUGUACUAUAUUUUUGUAUUGAUGAUGAUGAGCCUCGUCUUUAAAGUGUGUUGGUGAUUGAAAGGCGCCAGGAACAAAGACGAACAAAGCCACCGAUUAUUAAUCCAUGUUAUGUUUUCUAGACGAACCACUGCCAUUUUGUAAAUAGAGAGAAGGGAUGUGUGUGUAUGUGUGUGUAUCUGUGGGCGGAUGCUCAUCUAGCUUGUGAUCAUUACAGCUCGAUCGUUGUGCAAACAGCAAAGAAACAAACCGGAGACGCCCCACAUCCCGGACUGCUGUCACCUUGAUCAUGUGAUUCUCCACUCUGUCUGCUCUACACUGUCUGUUCUGUGUCUAUGUAUGAUUUUGUUGUACAUAAAUAAAAAAUCCUGAAGGUACAUGUUCCUAUGUAAUGUCAAAGCCACUCUGUCAGUGUAAUAAAGCUAUACUAUCAUUCA